AUGACUUCUCACACCCACUUCAACGAAAGGACUCCGGCCACGGAGGUCGCGGAAACCUUUAGCAGCGAGAUCAAGAAUCGUUACUUUGUUGUGACUGGCAUUUCCAAAGAUUCCAUCGGCGAAACCACUGCGAAGGCCCUUGCUUCGAAAUCCCCGGCUCUACUUAUCCUGGCCUCACGUACGCUUUCUAACAUCGAAGCCGUUGCGUCGGAGAUUCGUGCCACGUACCCAAACGUCAAAAUCGAAGUCAUCCCGCUCGAUCUCCUCUCACAAGAGUCAGUCCGGCAGGCCGCGGACCAGAUCAAGGCUGUGGCACCGCAAGUCGACGUGAUCAUCAACAAUGCGGCUAUGACCCCAUCCAAGCGCAUCACUUCGCCUGAGGGUAUCGAGGGUCAAUUCGCAGCGAACCACCUAGGUGGCUUUCUGCUGACCAACCUCCUGGCCGAAAAGUUUCCAGCCGGCGCAAAAGCGAGGAUUGUGAACGUGACCAGCGAAGGGCACCGCGCCAGCCCGAUCCGCUGGAGUGAUUUGAACCUCGAGAAGGCCGACUCAGAGCUACCCGAGUCGGAGCGCGGCCCGGAUCUCACGGACCACUUCCCUGCCGAGCUGCUGCAAGUUGUGGAUGGAUACAGCGGAUUCCGUGCAUAUGGGCAAACCAAGACGGCAAAUAUCCUGACCGCGGUUGCCCUGAACAAGAAGUUUGCAGGCAAGGCGGCUGCGUACAGUGCUGAGCCGGGAGUCAUCUUGACCAACGGCAGCAGAGACUUCGGUGGGAAGGAUACCACUCGUAAGGCUGCUGAGAUGCACGCGGUCUAUCUGAAGGACCUUGACCAAGGUGCAUCUACAACGUUGGUGGCGGCGCUUGAUCCUGCCUUGCAGAAAUACGGAGGAAACCCAUACUUUUCGAACUGCCAAUUCGGACAUGCUGCUGAGUGGGCUACCAACGAGGAGUAUGCCGAGAAGCUAUGGGAGCUGAGCGAGGACCUGGUCGGGCAGAAGUUCUUUUAA